GGUCCUGCAAGAUGACAAAUGUCCCAUUAGUCAGUGGUCGCUUCCAGACCGGAUUCAUGACGAGUCCUGGAAUAUAAGCAUAAAGAAACUGGCUUAAAAUAGUCGAGAGUAUACCCUAGAGAGAAAAGAGCAGGGAGUCUUCAGUAUCACCCAGAUCCUACCACAAAAAUGGCCUCUCAUCCGGAGCCGGAGACUUCAACAAUAUCCUCGGUCCCUGGUACGGGAUCUGUCCCGACAUCCUCCUCACACAUUCGUAUAGCGCGACCAUCAAAGGAUUUCGCCUCAAUCGAGCACUUUUUUGUUGCUGGCCUCGGCCUCAAGGUCCUGUGGCGCAGUGGACCGGCUCAUGAAGUGGAGGGUGGUCAUCAACUGCUGAUGCUCGGCUGGUCUGAUGCUGCCUGGCAUCUAGAGCUUGUGCUCUGCACGGAUGAUGAUAUACUGCCCUCACCAACCGAAGAAGAUUUAUUGGUCAUCUAUAUGGACGGCCCGAUUGAUCCGUUAGUGGUAGAGCGGUUGAUAAACGCAGGAGGGAGACGGGUGCAACACAGUAAUGAGUACUGGGAGAAAUGGGGGGUGACUAUUCAAGAUCCAGACGGCUAUUUAUUAGUUUUAUGCCAAAGAGGAUGGCGUAAUGUUUGACACUGUGUCUUAUGUGCUGUUUUUUUUUUUUUUUUUUUCAGUCCCGCCAUGACUAUUAGGUCAUAUGAAUGUAGAUAUACAGCUCAGUCUUGUUAAAUGUGAAGGUCUUUCUGCGUUCCAAUGGCUUGAGCCUGUGAGAAACAGAUCGAAACCCGGGUUAUACGACUGAGAUUCUCGGAUGUCCUCAUGGCUAUUCGAUUCGAGGUAGGUAGGGUUUACCUAGGGUGACCGGUAGAUCGGGGAGACCGGGUAACACGGCCGGGUUGCGCCAAAGCCGUUACUUGAUGACUUGACUUAGCAUCGGUUUGUAUAUAGAUAUACCUAUUAUACGGUGCGAUACCGACCCUGGCUGAGGGGGUCAUUAAUGACUAGCUUGCCGCAUCAUCCAGGUCCCCCGAUCACAAGCACUCACACGUUGGGCCUAGAAGAUAUAUUGAACAAUC